GUUUCGACCCCCUCGACGGAGCAAGCGCUAAAGUAGGCGGGGAGAAGCGAGGUGAAGGCAGUGGCAAGACGCACGGUUGUCUGGGCUGUGGGCACUGACUUGGGUACACAUCUCGACGUAAUAUCGUCACGUCCACUUCUCUGCCUUCUGUUCACUCCUUGAAACGUCGAGAAGGGAGGAGGAGGAGCAAGUAGAGACAGUUAGACAGUUAAGUGUCCGAUCCUCGGGACGUACACACGUCGCAGAGCCGGCGUUUGUGACUGCAGGACUGUCCGACCCGACUACUAUGGCCGCCAAGCGCGACGAGCUACUGCGUCUUGUGGCCGCGCUAAGCGCCGCCUGUAAGCAGGACAAGAACGUGCUGAAAGAUGGUGAGCUCGUGGACGCGCUGGAGACUCAUGGCCGUCAGAUCGCGCGACUCCGCAAGCAGCAGAAGAAGAUGAAGAAAGCCCAGCAGAAGCUCGGCAUGUCACCAUCUCUCGAAGUCAACAAGACGGCCACGAAGCUCAAGGAGCAGGUGAUGGCUGGGGAGAGUAAGGCUGCUGAGGGCGUCUCCAAACGCCGCAAACUCUCGCUCGACACAGAGACCAAGAGUGGCCACAACCACGACCUCAGUGCGUCGUGUUUGUUCCCGUCCAUUGAGCGUCAACACAAAACCAAGCAAGAGUCCAUGGGUGAGUGGAUCUCAUCUCUGCAGAGCAGUAAGAACGCUGCAAUCAUGGACCCCACAGACACCGUAACGUACUACCGUCCUACGACCCCCACGACCGUAGCAGUAGCCGUCGAAGUAAGCAAAGAAGCCGUGAUGGUGAACCCUCUCAAGACGUUCCAGUACCACACUCGCCGCUCUGUCUCUCCUCAACUCAAGACUCCGCGUGCUGUGCGUGCUGCCUCGCCAUACAAGCCCAUGUAUCGCUCUGCCUCGCCCAAUACAGUUGAUCUCUCGGCAUCCUCGACGUCAACGAUGGCUUCAUACUACGACGACAUGUGCGACGAGUACUCGGUCUCUUCCGAAACUUUGCGUCGAUACAAUCGCUCGGCUUUGGAUCGCACUCCGUCCUUCGAGUCGAUGGACUGGGCGCCGUCAGACGACGACAACGACGAGUCUGUACCCUUUCGGAGCAUCGCAGACGACGUGGAGCAGCAAUCUCCAGUGUCCAGAGUAGUGACUCAUCCCAAGAGUGGCUACUAUUCCGCUGAAGAAGGAGAGCCUACUGCCGAGUCCUCAUCUCGUGUGGCAGUGCCCAGUCUUCCAGUUGCUGCCAACUCGACGGAGGUUGUGAUGGAGGUUCUGUAUGGGAUCAUGGAGCACAAUGAAAACUUCAAGUGGCUCAUUGACCCCGUGAACCAGGCGCGUGUAGCCAAGUUGGUCGAGUAUCACUUGAAGGAACAGCAGAAUGAUGAUGCAUCUGCGCAGGUUUAUGAAGAUGAGCAGUUUAUCAACGAACUGCGAGCUCAUGUGGACGAGCUGAUCCAUGAGAAUCUCAAGAUCAAGACGGAGAAUGUCCGACUUAUGGGCUCUGCUGCUGACAAGAACGUGGAGGAGCUGAAGAGACGACUUGCCUUGAGUGAGGAGGCUGGCAGUAUGCAGGAGAGUUUCCGUCGUGAAGCUGAGGCUGCGUUCCAGAGUCAACUGGAGAGCAAGACGCAGCUGGUGUCGAGUCUGCAGCACGACCUCGAAGAGAAGGACUCGCAGAUAGCUAAGUUGCAGCGCAAUGGAGCUGAGCUCUCUGAAGAUGACGAUAGCAUGUCCUGUUCUGAGGUUGCGAGACUUAGAAACACCGUGAUGGAGAAAGAUCGCGAGAUCUGUCGACUCAACUUCCAGCUGUCGACGAAGCAGAAACUCGUCGAUGAGAUCGCCAAGAAGGUCGUGCAGCAGCUGGAAAUGACGGGGGAAUCGGCGAGCAAUCAUCACUUGGACAUGGACAUGUUCCUGUUCAAGAGCGUAGCGGAGAAGCAAGAGGCCAUUGAUGAACUCAAGGCCGCUCUGUCGUCCAUGGAGCGUGAAGUGACUGGACUGGAGGCGCGAGUGGCCAAGAAGUCGCGCGAGACGUUGCUGCUUAAGACCAAGUUCAAGUCGAUGGCUACACGCCUGACGGAGGCGAAUGUCAAUAUGUCUCGUGUGCAGACGGAGAACGAUCGUCUGGUGUCGUCGUUGAAGGAGAAACAAGGCAAAAUGCGCGACCUCAUCGAGUUCUUGGAAGGUAAGGAGAAGCAGGUGAUGCACUUGGAAGAGCAGGUGAAUCUGCGUCAGACGCAACUGGAGCAUGUCAUGACGGAGUUUGAGAAGAUGCAGCGUCUUCAUGACAAUAAGAAGAGCACAAGUGGCCGUGCUGCUGCUCAUCGUACGACAGCUGUGCAUGCACAGUAAGCAGCGAGGCUCAGCUGGCUGAUCCAAGCGACAAUGCCCCAUCACUGCUGCUGCUCGCCUGCUUCUACUCGUAUGACGCCCAAGAAAAAUGCCAGAAGACGAGGUGCUCGAUCGCACCCGCGAAGACAAAACAAGCAACUAGUACUACCAAGAAAUGCUCAGAAACAUCGUGCAUCAAGGUCAUCAUACACGACCC